UGUGCCCUAGGCACUCGGAGGCAGGGGCCGCAUGCGCGGCUCGGAGACGCCGGGCUGGGGUUGGGGGCGCCGUGCCCCCAGCCCCGGGCUCGUGCUCAGUCUGCUGCUGUCGGCCGUGCCCCUUGGGCUACUGGGAGAGGAGACCCGCCAGGUCUUUAUGGAGGUCGUCCCUGACUGGAUGGACCCUCCGCAGAACUUACUCCAUAUCCGGGCAGUGGGCACCAAUUCCACGCUGCAUUAUGUAUGGAGCAGCCUGGGGCCGCCAUCUGUGCUGUUGGUGGCCACGAACACCCCCAACAGUUCGCUCAGAGUCAACUGGAGCCUCCUCCUCUCUCCCGAGCCAGAAGGGGGCCUGAUGGUGCUCCCUAAGGACAGUAUCCGCUUUUCUUCUGCAGUUGUCUUUACCAGGCUGUUUGAGUUUGACGUCACCAACAUCUCCGAGUUCACAAAGCCCCCUGGGAAGUCGUAUCCGCCAUACUCCUUGGCCAAGUUCUCCUGGAACAACAUCAGUGACUCGCUGGAUGUGACCACCCUGAGUGCCACGUUUCAAGGCUGUCCCACAAAUGAUUCCACAGGGGCAUUUGCCAAUGGCAGUCUGACCUUCAGGGUGCAGGCCUUCUCCAGAUCCGGCCGACCUGCCCAGCCUCCUCGCCUGCUGCACACAGCAGACACCUGCCAGCUGGAGGUGGCCCUGGUCGGAGCCAAGCCCCGGGGAAACCACUCCCUGUUCGGGCUGGAGGUGGCCACUGUGAGCCAGAGCCCCGACUGCCCAUCCAUGCAGGAGCGACACUCCAUUGAUGAUGAGUACACCCCUACUAUCUUUCAGUUGGACCAGCUCCUCUGGGAUUCCCUCCUAUCUGGUUUCGUUCAGUGGCGCCCUGUGGCUUUCUCCCAGAAACAGAGAGGCCGAGACUCAGCCCUGUCCUGCCAGACAUCCCCUGUGUACCAUCCUGAGGAGUACCUCCUUCCUCAGUCACCCAUCGUUCGAGCCUUCUUUGGGUCCCAGAGCAACACAUGUGCCUUCAACUUGACAUUUGGGGCUGCCACAGGCCCCGGCUACUGGGAUCAAUAUUACCUUAGCUGGUCGAUGAUUCUGGGUAUGGGCACCCCACCGGUGGACACCUUGUCCCCACUGGUCCUGGGCAUCAUGGCAGUAGCCCUGGGAGCCCCCACGCUUAUGCUCCUGGCAGGAGGUCUAUUUCUUCUGCUGGGUCCCAAGCGGUACUCGGAAUACCAGCCCAUAAAUUGAAGCCCGUCGGGGGUCUGAGAGAGAACACAGCGUUGAAGGCACUUGGCUGGUAUGUAGACAACGUGAGUUGGAUCCCAGCACUGUGUAGGAUGACCGAGCACCACCAGGUGUGAUCUCUGAAUACACUGCUGGGUGUGGCCCAAACAUGAGAAAGAAAUUGGAAGCCCGUCUUCAGGCUGGACAUUGCUGAAUCUGCCUGGCUGCACCUUGAAUGUGCAUAUUUGAGGGACAGCAGGUUCCCCACUCCCCUGUCAAUUCUGUGCAGAACUUCAGACCAGCCUCAGUGUUAACUGUUCUGGAGGGAGGACCCCUCUGUUGCCUCCCUGCUCCUCAUCCUCUGCUUCCCUCGGACCACUCCUGAAAGAGAAACCUUGGCUGCUGGGCUGCCCUGGAGGAAAUGAAAUACUUAUUUUUUUUCCACAGA